AUGCCACUGUACACCAUCACCAUCCAUCCCGUGCGCUUGUACGCCUACUUCUGUCGACAAGGCCACUCCUACGCCAUGCUAAUCUCGCGCAAGGGGGUGCAAAUCGUAUCUAACCCCUCCCUCUGCAGCACAGCUGGGGAGGUAGAGUUCAGUACGCCCGAGGAGGUCAACAAUGCGCAGAGCUUUGACAUUUCCUUUGACUCUCCAAAGGACCGUCGCAUGAUUGACUUUGCCGUGUACGACAUAACUAAUCGCAAGCACACCUCUAAGCUGACCGGGUUUGAGAUUCCGCUCGCUGGAAUGUGCAGCGUUCUUGCGGGGGAGGCGAUGUGCGAGAAGAAGAGCAUCUCAUUCAGAAUUGACGGUAAGCCAGGGCGUCUGGAGGUCGUAUUUCGCAUGCACCCUACCUCCUCUUCGCCGCCGCCGCUGAAAGUGGUGGCGGGAGGAAAAGGUGAUACGCAGUCAUCGAAGCGUGCGGGGCGACUUCCGUUCCGUAUUGUGGAGUCACUCACAACGGCCGGCAUUCUUCCCAGUGAAACGGAGGUGGUGGAGACAGACGCGGACCUCGCGGAGGAGAUCGCCAUCCGCACUGCUCUGCUCUUCCCAAACAAAGAGGACUUGCUGGAGAAAGUGCAGGUGCUGGAGCGGCAGGUUGCGCAACUGGGGUACGACGCCCAGUACGCGGCGAAGGACAAGGUGGCCUGCGCCUCACCCGCCCUCGCCGCCCUCCGCGAUGAGUUAAAGCACUGGCAGAAUAUUGCUGAGGAAAUUGAUAUGAAGUCCGCCCAUGAGGCUGGUAUUGCCCCCAUGCUUCGCGCCGUUCACAAGGCCCCUUUGGCGCAGAGCAGCGCCCUUGUUACUGAGGUGGAGGAUCAAUUGGCCACCACAAAGGCCAAGCUGCGCAAGCUGGAGGCACUUCAAAGUCAUCGUGAUAUAUCGAGCGAGGUCAUUCCGCUCCUGGAGGAGAUUGAUCAUCUGGAGUCCGUGCUGGUGGAUUUGAAUAACACCGAGGAGGGCCAGGCAAAACUCAAGCCAACCAGCGGCACCGAGAAAUACAUUGACCAAUGGGAGAAGCUGGCUGGUGAGCUUUACGAUAAAGAGUCCGUGGUGGAGCAGCUUAAGCAUACCGUGCUCACUGUGAACCGGCUGCAGUUUGCUCCAUAUCCCGCAGGUAUCGAGGCUGGAUUUGCGGAAGAGGCGCCGAAGGAGCUUCCGUUCAUUCGUGACAACAAAAGACGUAUGGUGUCUGGACAAAGUCUGGAUUUGACGCUUUUCGGGAGCACCGCCCCACCAACGAAGACGCCGCAGCCACAAACUGGCGACACUGGUGGCUACGUAAACUUGUUAGACGACCUCUUUGGUGCCCCGCCGCCACCUCAGUCACCUCCCGCACAACCGUCAGAUCUAGCAGCGCCAACACCAGGAGGGGAUACAUCCCAUUCCGUGCAGCAGCCUCAAGAUCCUCUGGAUUUAUAUCACCCUCCUGUGGGGGCGACGGUGGUCCCUGUGUGGGCACAACCACCGCCACAACAGCAACAGUCACAGCCAGCACCCUCGACCUCAGCUGCAGCGAUGGAGACAUGUAGUGUGAAGAACAACGAUGACAAUGUGAAGUCGCCAGGUUCCAAAAAUAGGGAAACAGCACCACCAGAACCUGCCGCUGCCACGGAAGCUGUGCAACCGGGGGGAUCAGGAGUCGCAGAUGCAUCCGUGUUACCUGGUCUUCCAGUAGCUCCAGCAGCAACGGCACCAAGUUGGCAAGGGGCGCUUCCUCAGAGCUCUGGAGGGGAGGAUCCGCCAGCACCUGCUGCGUCGUCACCCGGGUCUCAGCCCCAACAAACUGCAACACAGGCGUACUAUCCGCCUCAGCAGCUGCUGGGACAAAGUCCACAACAACAGCAACAACAACAGGCGGCUCCAUUGGAACCCCCCGUUCCUCCGUUUGUGCGCCGUCCAGCGACUUUGGGAGAAAUUCCUUACACUGCUUUCUACAACAUUCCUCUCAUGGGUCGUGGAUGUCCAUUGGACAUAUACCUGGAUGGCAUAACGCCCACACGCGGUACAGAGUUAACUAUGUUGAAUAACGCCGACUACGACGUCAUCAUCGGUGGUGUGGAACUUAAACAAGAGGACAUGCUUUCUCCCUCUCCUAACAGCGCACGCACGGUGCCUACGCGUCGAUGGCCGCAAGAGUUGCGCAUUCCAGGUGGUGGGUGCCGUGCCACGUGCAUCAUCGCACUGCAUCCUAGCUUUCCACAGGGUUCGUCCCUUUUCAUGUUGGUGGUUGUGUAUGUUUUAUUGAACGGUUGUUACACCCCAUACGCGGCGCGAUUCGCCGUGUAG